AUGUCCGAACAGAAUUGGCGCCCCGGAAAGCGAGUAGCCAUCGCCGGCGGAGGCCCAGGAGCCAUCUCAACAGGUCUCGCCUUCCUCAAGCGUGGCUAUGACGUGCGCAUCUUUGAACGGCAGCCCGAAUGCAAGGCCAUCGGGGGCGCUGUCCUCCUGUCGACACCUGUCUUAGCAAUCCUACGAUCCUACGGACUGAAUCUGGAAAAUGUGGGUUCCUAUACGGUAACCCAUUUCCAAAACCACACCGGCAUAGAACGUGUCCAGCUCCCCUUCAAUGAAGAGGUCGAGCGACGCAUGGGAAUCAAAGGCUGGCACUACGGAGUCCUGCGCUCUUCUGUUUUCAAGAAAAUCUUGGAUCUCGUGCCGGAGGGUAUCAUCCAUGCGAACCAUGAAGUAACGGGCUAUGUCGAGCUCGAGGAUGGUGUUGAAGUCGAGUUCAAGGAUGGAGCCAAGGUCACCGCUGAUAUACUUGUCGGCGCAGAUGGAAUCCGCUCGCCGGUUUCACGACAGGCUUUUGGCGAGCCUGGUCUGUUCCAUACGGGAAUUCGUCUGUGGCUUGCUUGGUGCGAUUAUAUCCCUGGCAUUCCGGAGAAUCACGGUGUUAUUUCUCAUAACUGGCAGUACCAGGCUAGUUUCUUUCCUAUGCUUCACGAUGGUAAACCGGGCUUUGAAUGGUGGGUCGUUGAACCAUCAUGGGAAGGAAAGCCUCUGCCUGAUGACCCGAAGGAAUAUCUGACCAACAUUCUGAAAGGCUGGCAGGAGCCUAUGCCUCGCUUCCUUGAAGCCACCAAUUUUGAUACGCAGGUGUAUCGAUGGGAAAUCUACAACAGACCUUCUAUGAAGAAAUGGUCGACUGGCCGUGUCGUAUGUGUCGGCGAUGCGGUGCAUCCGGUAUCACCAUAUGCCGCAUAUGGCAUGGGCAUGGCUAUUGAAGAUGGCUAUUAUCUGGCCAGGUCACUAGAUGGAGUUGAUUUGCGAGAUUUGCGAGCUGUCAGUGCUGGUUUUGAGCUCUACGAAAAGCAGCGCGUCGACUAUGUCAAUCACAACAUGGAAUUUGCACGGUUCUUAGGAACAAUGUUUCAUGCUUUGCCUUGGCCUCUUGCUAAGGUUCGUGACUGGAUUUUUGACUACACCCCGUUGUUAGGAAGUUACUUGAAGAAGGGUUAUCUAAAAAAGUCCGAGGAAGAGACGUUGAGUUUGAAGGAGCUUCAGGUUAUUUAG